AUUUUGAGAGCAAGGCGUAAGCGAGCCAGUGUUAACGUGGUCGACAGCAACGUGGUGUUAGCUAGACACCUAUUAGCUUCUUGUCUCUAAAACUUACAUUUAUGUUUUUUCAUUGUACAUUAAGAGCAGUUUUAGUAGCCAGCGCAAACUGAAGAAAAGGACAUGGCUCCCAAGAAGAAGGGAGACGAUGGACAGCAGCCACCACCACUGAUUGGACGGUUUGGGACCUCUUUGAAAAUAGGAAUCGUUGGAUUGCCCAAUGUAGGGAAGUCAACCUUUUUCAACGUACUGACAAAGAGUCAAGCUGCAGCUGAAAAUUUCCCCUUCUGCACCAUUGACCCAAAUGAAAGCAGAGUGCCCAUUCCAGAUGAACGCUAUGAUUUCCUGUGCCAAUUCCACAAGCCUGUCAGCAAGGUGCCGGCCUUCCUGAAUGUGGUAGACAUAGCAGGACUGGUGAAGGGAGCUCACGCUGGCCAGGGCCUGGGCAACGCCUUCCUUUCCCACAUCAGUGCCUGCGAUGGCAUCUUCCACAUGACACGUGCGUUUGAGGAUGAGGACAUUGUCCACGUGGAGGGGAACGUGGACCCAGUGAGGGACAUUGAGAUCAUCCAUGAGGAGCUGAGACUGAAGGAUGAGGAGAUGAUCGGGCCCAUUAUGGAGAAGCUGGAAAAGGUGGCCGUGAGGGGAAGCGACAAGAAACUCAAACCUGAAUAUGACGUAAUGCUCAAAAUCAAGAACUGGGUAGCGGAUGAAAAGAAACAUGUCCGCUACUGUCGCGAUUGGACUGAGAAAGAGAUCGAAGUGUUGAACAAAUACUUGUUUUUGACAUCCAAGCCAAUGAUUUACCUCAUUAACCUCUCAGAGAAAGACUACAUCAGAAGAAAGAACAAAUGGUUGGUGAAAAUCAAGGAGUGGGUGGACAGUCACGACCCCGGGGCGCUGGUCAUCCCCUUCAGCGGAGGAGUGGAGAGUCUCCUGCAGGACAUGAGUGAAGAGGAGAUUCAGAAGUACUGCACCGAGCACAAGACUCAGAGCGUUCUGAGAAGGAUCAUCAAGGCUGGCUAUGGAGCCCUACAGUUGGAGUACUUCUUCACAGCUGGACCAGACGAGGUCCGUGCGUGGACCAUCCGGAAAGGAACCAAGGCUCCACAGGCAGCCGGCAAGAUCCACACGGACUUUGAGAAGGGCUUCAUUAUGGCUGAAGUAAUGAAAUUCGAGGAUUUUAAAGAGGGAGGCAGUGAGAACGCUGUCAAGGCAGCAGGGAAAUACAGACAACAGGGGAAAACCUACGUUGUGGAGGACGGAGAAAUCAUAUUUUUCAAAUUCAACACGCCAAACCAGCCCAAGACUAAGAAGUGACUCAGUCGCAGUCUGUCGGCUACCAGAAUGGACCGUGCUGUUAGAGAAAUCAUCUUCUUUGUUUUAGACAGAAUGAAGCUGCCGAUUGAUUGCUACCUGCCAGGUCGGUUCAGUCCUACCUACUGGCCACACUGCCACAUUAUCCCUGUUUGUUUUCUGUCCAGGAGAAUUCCAUACAAUCCCCCUAGCCAAAGCACAGGUCCACUAAACACUGACAGCUUUGCUAUUUAAGAUCAGGAUGGGCCCCCUCUCCAAAUGGUAGGAGCAUUUGAAGAAGAGUAUUACUCUCUUGAUACUUCAUUAAUCUCCAUCACUGGUGCCAGGCCUGACACAGCUGACAGCAGGGACAAUGCAACCUGCUCCUCUCCUCCUUCCAGAGAUAAUGCAUGUUUUACAGUAGCCCAGAUGUCUACACUCAAUAAAACAUUUGACAAAACCA